UGGUCAGCAAAUCUUAGAUCUGUUUCAUUUACUUAAUUUAGUGUUCUCAAUUUUUUUAACUGGAAUCCCAUAAAGUAAAAAAGCCAGACUCCCUUGCCUUAUUUUUUCCACACACUGAUGUGAUUAUGUGACUUGGUUUGAUAUAAUGUAAACCGGUGCAUCAUACAGCACAAAUGUUAUUGAUUAUUUUUUGGACUCUAUCCUUUUUUCAUAUGUGGGGCAGUACUUGUAUCAUGCGUUCAAAGUUCAGAAAACCAACCUUGAAAUCAAAAGAGUCCAUGUAAAUGCCUUCCUAGAAAAAAAAGUGGAAACGUAGAUUUAGCUACAGUUGCAUAUCCGUUGUACAAAUUACUAAAUGAAUAAAUCAUAAGGUUUAGGGGUUAACAUACAGUUGCAGAUAUGUAGGGUAGUAGAUCAUGUGAUCAGAUGCCCAGAUUUUACCCCUGGUCAGUACAGAAUGCCUGUUAUCAGUGCAUUGUCCUCGGGCACUGCAUAUCACACCAUGCAUCAUCACUGUGAAGUAAUGUAGACUUUAUAACAGUAAUACUGAUACAUGGGUGUCAUAUGUGAAGGAAUUAUGUUUAUUUAUUCAGUAGCACUAACAAAACCAAGGAUGAUGCAUUGGCACCCAUUUCCAGAACGUGUGCAUUAUUUAGGACACCUAAAAUUAUUUUUAGGAUGUAAACUGAAACAAUCAAUGCAGUUGUUUAUCCUCUUUGCUGCUGCAAUAUAUUUAUGUCAGCUUUUCUGUGUCAAGCUCAAUAAAAUAGGAUAUUUAGUUGUUUUAGAACAUUUGCUGACUAAGCAUCAGCUGACUUUUUUUAAUUGGUGGAUUGGGUUCUUGCCAUGGAUGUUGACAUCACUCCCAGGGCCAGGAAGGUUUUGGUGUUUGUUAACCCUUUCAGUGGCCCUGGAAAAGCACUAGACAUCUAUCAGAAGAGAGUAGUGCCCACCUUGGCUGAGUUAGACUUGAAUUUCCACCUUAUUAUAACAGAGAGAGCUGGCCAUGCAAAAGAUGUAGUUAAAACCAUAGACAUAAGUGAGUGGUAUGGAGUUAUUAUCGUCUCAGGGGAUGGUUUGAUAUUUGAGGUAAUCAAUGGUUUAAUGAGCCGCCCUGACUGGGAGCAUGCUAUCCACCACCUUCCACUGGGAGUGGUGCCUGGAGGGUCAGGGAAUGCUCUCUGUUGUGCCAUCAACAGCCAUAAUGGGGAACCUUACAAAGACAACAUCCUCACCCACUCUUUGUUUGUCCUGGCCAAGCAUAAAAUCAAGGCUCUAGACCUUGUGGCAGUUGAUACCUGUGAGGGCCGUCAUUAUUCCUUCCUGUCUAUCACCUGGGGGAUCAUUUCAGAUGUGGACAUAGAGAGUGAGAAGUACAGGAGUCUGGGGAAUGCUAGGUUUACAGUAGGGGCAUUAGUCAGAAUUGUAGGUUUGAGGACUUACCAUGGUCGUCUUUCAUUUUUACCGUGUGAACCAUACAGGUGUCACACAUCUAGGUCCACCAGUUGUUCCACAUGGGAGCCUUCAGUCAAUGCAAAUACUGCUGAUGUUGUCACAAGUCAGCCCAAAUCAAGGUCUCUAAGUUGUCCAGAUGGUUUAGGAGAUAGUGCUACAGAAGAAGUGUUGCGGAGCAGGUUACAGCAUGGAGGACCAGCUGAUGAGCCCUUAACUCCAGUCUUUCCUGAAGAAGGUGGUGGAGAUUUAGAAACUGUCAUUGCCAAUUCCAGCACACCAGCUGCAGACAGCACUCAGCUAACCUGUGAUAGUCCAUCAAGAGGAGAUGCUGCUACUCCUCGACCUGUGGAGACUGCCUUGCUUCCUCCUCUCUCUGACCCAGUCCCCGCAAGCUGGGUGACCAUAGAAGACAACUUUGUCACAGUGGUGGCAGCAUAUGAAAGCCAUCUUGGACCAGAUAUUAUCAUUGCACCAGAAGCUACUUUUAAUGAUGGUAUCAUACACUUAAUGUUUGCUAAAGCAGGAAUAUCCAGAAGUAGUCUGUUAAAACUCUUUUUAUCCAUGGAAAAUGGAAGUCAUGUCAACUCACCAGACAUUGAAAUUAUAAAAGUAAAAGCUUUCCGUUUAGAACCUAUCACACCAGGUGGUGUUAUAGCCAUUGAUGGUGAAAAAGUAAAGUAUGGGCCAAUUCAAGCCCAAGUCCUACCAGGCCUGGCUAGAUUUAUGGCUUAAACAGGUAUUAGAGCCUAUAGGUCUGUGAUGUAUCCUUCUGUCUCAUCUUUUAAUGUACAGACAGAGAAAUCUGUACACGUUGCCUUUGCCCGUGACUGUCUGUGUCAUCGGACCAGAGUGUCUAAGCCAGACAUAUUUCUUGUUGCUGCAGUAACUGGGAUAUAGUCAGGCAAUUUCAAAAGGGGGUUUCUUUUUCCGAAAAAGUGGACCUCUUACAAUGAAAUCUUUGCGUACCAAGAUGAAAUUUAACCCAGAAUGGACCUUUUCCCGACAAAAAGGGUGGUUCUUUCGAACCCCCUAAACCCCCUGGCUACAGGCCUGGAUGUAACAUUGCCAUUUUGGCCUCAGAUUCAUAGUGAUUACUUAUUAUUUUAAAAUCAGUUCUGGUUCAAAAAAUAGACAUAAUCCAGCCAUUUGUUAUGUUUCUUUUAAAUAAAUUUUUAAAAUUUUUAAUAAAGUAGGUCAAGAUACUGUGGAUAAGUACUUUUUUGCCAAAGGUAAAAUAUAGAUAACUCUUUUUCUUUAAAGGUAAACUAUCUGCAUUUAAAAAUGUCCAUAAUUCAUUUUUUGUCUGUCAUACUAAGCUACUUAUCUUUACCAAUCCAGACCUCAAAAACAAUAACCCCCCCCCCCAAAAAAAAAAAUAUAAUAAUAAUAAUAAUAGUACCAAAUGUCAAUAUUUCUGAAAUGUACAGAAAGACAUGGCCAGUCUUUUAAACACAAAUAAUUUAUGUAGAAAUGGUGUAAGACAUCAAAUCCAAGUGCAGGUGUGGGUUGAGCAAUGGUUUGAGGAAAGUAUGAUUUGUCAGGAAAAUCUCUGGACAAAAUUCCUUAAAACUUUUUUGUUUCAUAUGCAGGGCUUUAAUGCAGAUGUAAUUAUCCCAUCUAUAGUUGUUACAUUAUUGUUUUCUUUUUGUUUUUACUGUUACUGAUAUAGGUUGUCUGUACAUUUGCCAGCUUUAACUGGCUUUUCUUUUUUUUAUCAAGACUGUGACUUGUAAUGAUACAUUUUUUUCUAGGUUCAGGGUAAUUGUUUUAUGAACAUGUCAGGAAUGCAUUUUAAGCUUUUAACUGGGACCAAGAAAGAAAUUGCAUUUAUUAAGUCCCCAUUUGAAUUCAAAAAGAAAAGAAAUACUUAUUACAUUUGCUUUUAAAUUGGUAGUAAUUCAGAGCAGGAAGGUCAUGAUAAAGAUUUACCUUUUGAACUGAUUUAAUGUGUUUGAAGGGUCAUUUUCUAAUCACUGUUUACAAAGUGUGUGACGGUAUGAAUUUGACCCAUCUCAUUACCCGAUUUUUUUCAUUAGCUAGCAUUAGAACUUCUUGCAUUAAUUAACUGGAUACAUAUGUGGAAGUACCUUUAAUUUGAGAUUAACAGUAUUGUUAUGGAAGGUAGAGUUUGAUGGAUUACUGAAAUAUGUUAUGUAAAACAAAGUAUGGGAAAAUUUUCCAUUUCGUUGAUUAAUCUUACCACUUGUUUUACCAGACAUGAGGUUUCCUCUGACUUGUCAAAGCUAUUGGUCACCUUGGAAUUACCUAGACCUUGUUCAUGAUGCUGGCAACUGACUGGCAUUAAGACUAGAAUAAAUAUCAGGGAGAGCCAUAAAACUUUCUUAUAUGGGCUACAUUGUUGUACACAAGGGUACUGUAUUCUUUUUAUUAUUGAAUUCAAAGGCAAACAAAACCAUAUCUGUGGUUUGUAUAAUGGAAUGUCAUGAUAUUACUGGUGGUACAAAUCCAGGAGGCAGCCAAAACCUCUUUGGACCUCGAGAAACUCGAAUAUAAUUUCAACUGUUUAUUUGUCACUCUAUAUUUAAUCAGCAUUUAUGUAGCAACUUCCAGUGAACCUUUGAAAACUAGGUAUUAUUUGAUAUUAUAUGAUUUUCAAAAUAAAUGUGUGAUUUCAGUGGCAAUAACCUGUGCAGCAUAACAGCCCAUGUGUAUUUUAUUUUGUUAUAUCUGUGUUAUCUAACAAACAUUCCAAUGCCAGUUGCCAGCUUGAUAUUGUGGGUGAAGCAUUUAUGUUGAAAAUUGUGUGUAUAAUUCAGUAUGCCAAAUAUGAAGAUCGUGAUUUGUACAGUUGCAGUAGACAUAUUAUUUCAUGCAUCGACACUCCCUGUCAACGGAACCAGGUGCAUGAUGUGAAAGUAAAAAUAUCAUGAAUUAGAUGAAUAUAGUAUAACUGCUUAUUAUAAAGAUGUUAACACUAAAAUACUGCUGUUUUGGUUCAGUGGAUCGAUUAAAUGUCUUGUUAGUGCUUAUUUGAGGUGUAGUGAUAUGUGCUUACACCCAAAACGGACAAAAUAAUAUUUUGAUGAAAUUG